AUGCUCCUCUCACGCCCCUCAUGCUCCUCCCACUCCCCUCAUGCUCCUCCCACGCCCCCUCAUGCUCCUCCCACGCCCCUCAUGCUCCUCCCUCCCACGCCCCUCAUGCUCCUCCCACUCCCCUCAUGCUCCUCCCACGCCCCCUCAUGCUCCUUCCACGCCCCUCAUGCUCCUCCCACGCCCCUCAUGCCCCUCCCACGCCCCUCAUGCUCCUCCCACGCCCCCUCAUGCUCCUCCCACGCCCCUCAUGCUCCUCCCUCCCACGCCCCCUCAUGCUCCUCCCACGCCCCUCAUGCUCCUUCCACUCUCCUCAUGCUCCUCCCACGCCCCCUCAUGCUCCUCCCACUCCCCUCAUGCUCCUCCCACGCCCCUUCAUGUUCCUCCCACGCCCCCUCAUGCUCCUUCCACUCCCCUCAUGCUCCUCCCACGCCCCCUCAUGUUCCUCCCACGCCCCUCAUGCUCCUCCCUGCCACGCCCCUCAUGCUCCUCCCACGCCCCUCAUGCUUCUCCCACGCCCCUCCCACGCCCCUCAUGCUUCUCCCACGCCCCUCAUGCUCCUCCCACGCCCCUCAUGCUCCUCCCACGCCUCUCAUGUUCCUCCCACGCCCCUCAUGCUCCUCCCCCGCCCCUCAUGCUCCUCCCACGCCCCUAAUGCUCCUCCCACGCCCCUCAUGCUCCUCCCACGCCCCUUAUGCUCCUCCCACGCCCCUCAUGCUCCUCCCACACCCCUCAUGCUCCUCCCACGCCCCUCAUGCUCCUCCCACGCCCCUCAUGCUCCUCCCACGCCCCUCAUGCUCCUCCCACGCCCCUCAUGCUCCUCCCACGCCCCUCCCACGCCCAUCAUGCUCCUCCCACGCCCCUCAUGGUCCUCCCACGCCCCUCAUGCUCCUCCCACGCCCCUCAUGCUCCUCCCACGCCCCUCAUGCUCCUCCCACGCCCCUCAUGCUCCACCCACGCCCCUCAUGCUCUUCCCACGCCCCUCAUGCUCCUCCCACGCCCCUCACGCUCCUCCCACACCCCUCACGCUCCUCCCACGCCCCUCAUGCUCCUCCCACGCCCCUCAUGCUCCUCUCACGCCCCUCAUGCUCCUCUCACGCCCCUCACGCUCCUCCCACGCCCCUCAUGCUCCUCCCACGCCCCUUACGCCCCUCCCACGCCCCUCACGUCUCUCCCACGCUUCUCCCACGCCUUUCACGCCCCUCAAGCUCCUCCCACGCCUUUCACGCUCCUCCCACGUGUCAUACACGUGUUUCCCGCGCUUACCCACGCGGGGCACGUUAA